CGCCUCGCACGAUCGCCCUUCUGCGCCGCCUCAUCCUCAAAUAAGUUAUCAUGCUUGCAUAUCCACGUUCCAGGUCUCGCUGGUAGAGUGGUAGCCUCGCGCCAUGGGUAAGCCCGAGUGGCAACCGAAAGCUACAAAGUUUGCGAGGUUGCAUACAUUGGGGCAGAAGGACGUCAAGCAACAACGAGAUGAUCGAACGGCGGACUUGGGCGGUGCGCCGGUGACACCGAGCGUGGACGUCGAGGCGCCGGCGAGGGACUACGAGCCUCCGGAGCAUCUGGAGCUUCUCGUCACAGACCUCGGCGUUCUGCAGCCGUUAGCGAGAUUGCAGGAGAUGAUGACAAGGAUAGAUGCAAAAGCAAGGCAUACCUAUUCUCAUAUGGCGGAUGAGUGAAAUCCUGUCCCAUUCAGAACUAUCUUUCCUUUUC